AUGGAGACCACUUUCGGAGAAGCGCUAGCGGCUGGAACAUCACCACAUUCCGCGAAUCUGGCCGGAAGGAAGGACGCGCACGGCACAGAAGGCAAACUGUGUACUUUGCCAUUGGAGAUAUUUGAGAAGAUUCUUUCCCAUCUCCCCUUUCCGCAAUGCGCACGAGCACUGCUGACGCUGCGUUGUACAUGCAGAUCACUCCAAGCAAUCAGCAUACAGGCUCCCCUCUGGCGCAGGGUGAUCGAAGCUGCUCACUCGAACGGCAUCACUUUGCCAAGAGCGCCUCGAAAUUCUGAGGUCAAACAUAGCGAAAGCGCAGAAGAGCUGGAAUGGUGCGCUCUGUACGGGCUUUCCAAUACCCCCGACGCGCGCAGACUUCCUUGGAACUACUCUCUCAGAGCUCAUGCCGAUCGCAUCACUUGUCUCAAGCUCGUGGCAGGACCAAGUCGAAGAGCUCGGAAGAGAAGGCGAACGUGCGAGACACCUCAUGAGGCCUCAAGCGCCUCCCAUACGGUCGAGGGCGUUCGUGGCAGGUACCGCAGGCAAGCUUGGCUUAUCACUGGUGCGAUCGAUGGCUGGGUCAGGGUUUGGGACAUUGGUCGGAUGAUCGAAGAAGAGCAAGGCAAGAGUAGGAUGAAGGCCAGGGAGGAUAGUGUCAGCCGCGGCCCGCCAUCAGAUGCCGCCACUGAAUCGCCGGCCUCGCUCAGCGACCAGCUAGACUUGAUGAGCUUGGAGUCUCAGAGGACCGGUUCUACAACGCCAGUACAGUCCAAGCCCCCGAUAUUGGGGGGUGAUCCUCUGCCUCUACUUACCCCUCGAAGAAGGGCAGGUGGCAGCGCAAACGGCCCUCCAGAGUCGCACGCGAGGCUUGCUGGAAGGGAGUAUCUUGUUUGCAGCAUAUGCACCGCUGCUGAUGUCACGGCCCUGGACGCUGAGCUCGUGCACACCUUCCGAGACGGGACCGGGCAGGGAGAGCGCACAAAGCUGCGGAUAGCGUGCGGUAGCUAUUACGUGAGUGGCUGCUGCUUUCGUUGCGCAAUAUUUUAGCGAGCGUGCUGACGCUCUGAAUGACAUCUGCCAAUAGGGUGACGCAGCUGUGACGUUAUACGAGCUGGAGCUUCCAGAGGAGGAGGAAGAGGAAGCAGCGUCAGAGACAUCUCGGGAAAGGCGUGGCUGCGCUCGUGAUGCCACACUGGUCUCUACUCUUUCUCCGAGCGCGUGGUGCGGCGUUCAAUGCCUUGUGCUUCGAGGGUCACUCAUUGCAGUCGGCACCUACACCGGCCUGAUACACCUUUGGCAGACUGGCAUCGACCCCUCCUCAUCUACGUCGCGAGAGACAGCCACUGUGGACAAGGCCAAAGAAUGGAAGCAUGUGAUCGAAAGACCAGAGCGGAAAAGCGUUGCUGCCCUUAGGCUGGAACUCGGCAAGCAAGACGAUGGCACACUUCCUUGCUUGCUGCUGGUCACUCGGACAGGCGAACUAGAAUGGUGGACGCUUGCGCUUCCGGAGAGCGCAGGUGAAAUGGGACAGCACGUGCCGCUGUCGACACAAUCCAGUCUGCAGGCGGACACGAAUGAUGGAGCGACGAGCGAUUCGCUCGAGUCGUUCGCACCGGUACGCAGUGGCCCUCACUCUACCUUACGAAGCAGAAAGGAUGUGGUAGUGGAGCCAGGGCAAGAAUCCGACCCUGAGCCUCAGAUGUUGUCGAGGUUCUCGCUAGGCGACGGAUUGACACCGAUGCUGGGGCUCGGCUUCUCGGAGCCUGACGAUGACGUCGCCGGCCGCUUGACGAGAAGAAAGAGGCCUGGGAAGGACCGGUGCCUCAGCUUGAUGCUCGGCGACAUGACUGGCGUCUCUCAUUGGCAAUUCUCGCUUCCAAAGGAAAGUUCAUCGGAUUGGGAGAUGCGAUUGCCUUACAUUUCAGAGCCAGUCCGCGUGGGACGUAGAGAAGUGGUUAAUGAACGCCCCAUAGGACUAGCCUUCGGUCAAUCUGGCGAUAGGGCUAUCUUUCACUCCAGUCUCGGCGGCGUGCCACCUUUGUGCUGUGUACGCCUCUACCACGCUGAUCGGUCCGACAUGGCCAUCAUAAGUCCGUUCGAAGGCUUGGCCGAGAAGAGCUCGCUGCCUUGGCAAGCUGGAAUGAGAAGAGGUGUCAACGGUGCGGAACGGCUACCCAGCGCAGCUGGCAGCGCUCCAUUGCCAAGUCCGACAUCGACAAAUUUGUCAGUGGACACCGAAUCGGAACAGCUUGGCACGCCCAGCGCAUCAGCCGGUCCUACAUCAUCCUCCAAUUUGUCUUCUGCUCUCGCAGGUCUCAGAGGCAGGCAACGUCCAGCAGUGGGCGGCUCGACGAUGAGAAUGUUCGAACCUCCUCCAGAAGAUUCCGGCUCGGCUUCCAAGUCGGCCUUGCAGAUCGACACGAACGCAGCCGAGUCUGAACAAGCAGCGGUGUCGACGUCGACGUUCACGUCCAAUGCACCUGCUCAUCAACAUGGUAUCAAAAGAGCCGACAUCCUGACCGAGGCUGCUUAUGCUGACAGUCUUGGCAUCACCAUCUUUGCUACCGCAAGAGGUUACCUGCACAUUACGGAUUGGUGCACCAGCGCACCCACGUAA